UUAUUUAAAAGUCAUUGAAGGGCCAUAUUCAUUGUUUUAACAGUUCCCUCUGAUUAUAUCCUGAUGAAUCUGAAAGUUAAUCAGUCUUGAGUGUGUUGCAACAGAGAACUGACAUCACAUUUGAAUCCAUUUUGACCUUAGGAUUUUGUACCUUUGGUCCCUCUACAACAGAAGACGGAACAGAAAGAGCAUGUCUACAGUACAUGACUCGACUAAAGGCUGGGGCAUUAAUGUUCAGUAGACUCUAACGUGGUGACGUUUUGAACGAGGAGUGGGAAUAAUCAUUUUGUGUUCAUCUUACAAAGAAAUAUGUUUUUCAUUUUCCAUUGGAUAUUUGGAUCAAUGUUAAAUCCUAUUGACUGCUUGCUACAAGGGUUUGUUGGUGCAUGUGGAGUGUCUGUACUAUGCAGUUUAAUAAGAGUUCAUCAUUUUAGGCAGAUGUGCAGUGAGAAUGAUUCUCAAAACAGUAAAUUAAAGUCGGCAUUACAUGCCAGUGGUCUUGGAGGACAGUGGAAAGCAUCUCUUCAGUUCUGGUGUCUGGCUUUGCUAUUGGGUCUGGUUGGCUCCAGGGUUUCCUCCCUGAUACUGCUUGAGUUUAUACUGAGAGCACUGUCAGCUUGGGGCACUGCAGAAUCACAAAAUGCAAACCUGGAACUGCUCUUGGUCCAGUGUCAGUUCUCUCUGGGCUGCGGACUCACAUGUACACUAGCUUACAUCCACCAGGAGGCGCCACAUAGUACUUUAGGCUUGUUUUUGGCAGCAGGUCUGAGUUGGGCACUGGCAAGCUACAGCAUGGGUCUGUGGAGACAUGUGGCUAAGCUGUACCCUCUGCACAGUAAGGAGCGUUACUGUGGGAAGUGCAUCUCCCUGCUGACCUCAGGACAUGGCAUACUGGUCAAACUGCAGAAGGUGGUCAUCCUGGUUUUCUCACUUGCGGCUGCUGUCUCCACUGCCACAGUGUUUGAAAACUUCCUGUCCGAGAAAGAUGCUCUGAAGCUCUGGACUCCCCUCACUCUAUGUUACACCCUGCUUGUGGUCUAUAUUCAAGAUGGACAGAACCGUCAGACUGUAACAGAGGCCCUGAUCCAUUCGGUCGUGGUGCGUUUAGGUGCCCUCCUGGUCCUGAUGUUAACUGUAGGAGACUGGGCUGAUGUGCUCCAUGUCCUCAUAGCAUUUUUUGGAGAAGCUGUUUGUUUGCUGCCAUCACAGGACAUCCUACAGGCUGUGUUAAAUGAGGAAGAAGAAACAAGCAAUCUAAUCUCCAAAUAUGGUAACAGUUCCAGAUCCAAUCCCUCGAGUAAAUUUAAAAUCUCAGCAAAACAAAAACAGUUUGCAACAACAUCUAUAGCAUCAAGUGAGAAAACGACAUGACUUUGAUACACACUGGGUAUAGGACAAGAUCUCAUGCCACAAGAUCUAAAAAAAGAAAAAAAGAAAAAUCAUCUUGUGAAAUUAACCGUAUCAUUUAUUUAUUUUUUCUAAACAAUAUCAAAAUUGCAUAUAGUUCUUGUGAACCUCAUCUUGCAUUUUAUCUUAUGGGAAUUGUGUCUCAUUCCACUCCUAAUACAUAUGGUAGGCUGUUUUUGUAUUGUAAAUAUGUGGUUGAAUUAUAUAUAAAUUGUGAGUGUAUUCAUUUGGCAAUAAAUAUGUGACUUAUUUCUUCCUAAGCUAUUUCUCUUACUUUGGGACUUUACGGAAGAAAUCACUGAAGCUGACAUAAGAAUGGACUUUCAAAUUCCAUCCAGUAGAAUUGUGUUAUUUUUAUUACUACGGGAUCAAAUAGACAGUCGC